AUGUCUCCUCCCCGUCUCACAGGUGCACUGCGCUCCUUCUCCAAUGUCAGCAAGAAGGAGGACUUUACUGAGCAGCUCUAUGAUCUGAAGACCAAACGACUGAAGAGACAGGAGCUGUUUGCCAGAGAGGGUCUGACGUGGCAGAAGAUUGUCCAUUUCUGCUCUGAGCAUCAGGACAAAGCUGAACAGCAAGCUGCCAGUCAGGAACUGAAGAGCCUCCUUCUGGCAGCCAAGGAAAUUGUGGGGACUGAACAUGGUCAGGCGGCCAUCCAAAGUGCUGCUGUCUUUCUGUUUGAGACCUUCCACAACAAAGACCAUGUGGGCACAGAGGAGACCCGGGCCAUUAAACAGAUGUUUGGCCCCUUUCCAUCAUCGGCAGCUGAAGUCUCCUGUGCCUGUGUCGCUCGGCUGGUGGCUCCACUCGGAGACUCCCGAGUUGAGAACUUUAUCCAGAGCCUGUGCUCCCGUAACGACCCCCAACGAGGCUCUACUUUUGGACGCAAUAUCGCCUUCUCGUAUGACUUCUAUGCACUGGACCCGCUGGAGGACCUGCCCUGCUCUGGCAUCCAGGAGGAGGACGUGAGUCUCGACUUUAUCAACUUCCUCAACAACCAGCAGAGCGGGAGGAAGGUCGCCAGUGAGGAGGGGGUGUCCAGCUCAGGAGGGUGUCUGAGCUCUGGGGAUGGAGGCAUCCUUAGAACAGAGGUGGAGAAGUAUCUGAAUGGAGGCAACAUGAUCUCAUCCAGCCCAGAGGAGCUGUGCACCUCCCUGUUUGAAAUGCUGGCCUCUCACAAGAGCGACGAUGAGCUGCAGAAUGAGCUGUUCGAGCUGUUGGGCCCAGAGGGGCUGGAGAUGAUCUCCACCCUCCUCCAGCGAAGGGCGGCCAUCGUCGACUCCCUCCUUAGCAUCCCACCUGACAGGACUGGCUACCCACCAGAUGUGAGUCGAAAGGUCAGUGGAGAAGUGACCAAGCCCACCUUUGGGUGCCAGGUGACCAUCCAAUCAGAGCAGGAGAAACAGAUGAUGAAGAUGUACCGCAGGGAAGAGAAGAGAGAGAGGAAGAGAGGCAAAGGAAUAGAUGACAGCGACUCAACAGAUGCUGUCAUGACCUUCGACCCUAGAGAGAUGAGAACCCAGAGGGAGCAGGCCCUGCUGACUGCACGACGUGAACCUGUAUGGGGCAGAGAAAGAGUGUAUGAACGUAUUCGAUAUCCCAACGUCUAUGACUGCUACGCAGAGGCCGCGAAGAUGCCUGCGUUUGUUGGAGGAGCCAGGAUGCUGCUACCCGAGGGAAUCCGCAGAGACAACAGUAAGAUGUAUGAAGAGGUGGAGAUCCCACCCACCGAACCCAUGCCGAUCGGCUUUGAAGAGAAGCCCAUCUACAUCUCUGAACUAGAUGAGAUCGGGCAGCUGGUGUUCAAGGGGAUGAAGCGUCUAAACAGGAUCCAGUCUCUGGUGUUCGAGACGGCCUACAACACCAACGAGAACCUUCUCAUCUGCGCUCCAACUGGAGCCGGCAAGACCAACAUCGCCAUGCUGACCGUCCUCCACGAGAUCCACCAGCACCUGCAGCCUGGGGGUGUCAUCAAGAAGGAUGAAUUCAAGAUCAUAUAUGUGGCUCCCAUGAAGGCCUUGGCAGCUGAGAUGACUAAUUACUUCAGUAAGCGGUUGGAGCCACUGGGCAUCACUGUUAAAGAACUCACUGGAGACAUGCAGCUAACCAAAGGAGAGAUCCUACGAACACAGAUGUUGGUGACGACUCCAGAGAAGUGGGAUGUUGUAACCAGGAAGAGUGUUGGAGAUGUGGCUCUCUCCCAGAUCGUACGUCUCCUAAUCUUAGAUGAAGUUCACCUCCUCCAUGAAGACCGAGGACCAGUACUGGAGAGCCUGGUGGCCAGGACCCUCAGACAGGUGGAAUCCACCCAGAGUAUGAUCAGGAUCCUGGGACUGUCAGCCACCCUGCCCAACUAUCUGGACGUGGCUGCCUUCCUGCAUGUCAACCCCUAUAUCGGCCUCUUCUACUUCGACAGCCGCUUCAGACCCGUGCCGCUUGGACAGACCUUUGUUGGCAUCAAAUCCACGAACAAGAUCCAGCAGCUCCAUGACAUGGAGGAGGUCUGUUACAACAAAGUUCUGGAGCAGGUUAAAGGCGGUCAUCAGGUGAUGGUGUUUGUCCACGCUCGCAAUGCCACAGUGAGGACGGCCAUGGGGCUGAUCGAGAUGGCAAAGAACCAUGGAGAAAUAUGCUUCUUUCAACCAGACCAGGGAUCGGACUACGGCCAGUGUGAGAAACAGAUCCAACGCUCCAGAAACAAGCAGAUGAAGGAGAUGUUCCCAGAAGGCUUUGGGAUCCAUCAUGCUGGCAUGCUGCGGUCUGACCGCAGCAUGAUGGAGAGCAUGUUCUCCAAAGGCCUCCUCAAGGUGCUGGUCUGUACUGCCACGCUGGCCUGGGGGGUGAACCUGCCGGCACAUGCAGUUAUCAUCAAGGGCACUCAGAUCUACGAUGCCAAGCGUGGUACCCUGGUUGAUCUGGGCAUCCUGGACGUCAUGCAGAUUUUCGGGCGUGCAGGUCGUCCCCAGUUUGACAAAUACGGUGAGGGCACCAUCAUCACCACCCACGACAAGCUGAGCCACUACUUGACCCUGCUCACCCAGCAGAACCCCAUCGAGAGCCAGUUCCUGAGCAGCCUGGCCGACAACCUCAAUGCUGAGAUUGCUCUGGGGACAGUCACCAACGUGGAGGAGGCAGUGAAGUGGCUCAGCUAUACUUACCUCUAUGUUCGCAUGAGAGCCAACCCACUGGCAUACGGCAUCAAUCACAAGGCCUAUCAGAUGGAUCCUUCCUUGGAGUUGUACAGGAAGGAGCUUGUGGUGGAGUCGGGAAGAAAGCUGGAUAAGGCCAGGAUGAUCCGCUUCGAGGAGCGUACCGGAUACUACGCCUCCACUGACAUGGGCAGGACCGCCAGCCACUUCUACAUCAGAUACAACACCAUAGAGACUUUCAAUGAACUUUUCAACUCUCAGCGAACAGAAGCUGACAUCCUCAGUAUCGUGUCCAAGGCCGAAGAGUUUGAUCAGCUUAAGGUUCGUGAUGAGGAGUUGGAGGAGCUGGAACAGUUGCUGUGUAACUACUGUGAGCUGCCGGCUGCAGGCGGGGUGGAGAAUGGUUACGGCAAGAUCAACGUUCUGCUUCAGACGUACAUCAGCCGAGGAGAGGUGGACAGCUUCUCCCUCAUCUCAGACCUCUCCUAUGUGGCACAGAAUGCUGCUCGGAUCGUCAGGGCCUUGUUUGAGAUUGCUCUGAGGAAGCGAUGGCCGGCCAUGACCUACCGACUGCUCACCCUCUGUAAGGUGAUCGAUAAGCGGCUGUGGGCCUUUGCCCACCCUCUCCGCCAGUUCCCCAACCUGAGCCAUGUUGUACUGAACCGCUUGGAGGAGAAGAAGCUCACUGUGGACAAACUGAAGGAAAUGAGGAAGGAUGAGAUCGGUCACAUGCUGCACCAUGUCAACAUCGGCCUGACAGUCAAACAGUGUGUCCACCAGAUCCCCUCCAUCACAAUGGAGGCCAACAUUCAGCCAAUCACACGCACCGUCCUACGGGUUCGUCUCGUCGUCACGCCUGACUUCCGCUGGAGUGAUCAGGUCCAUGGCUCGGUGGGGGAGCCGUGGUGGUUGUGGGUGGAGGAUCCCAUCAAUGAUCACAUCUACCACUCUGAGUACUUCCUCCUGCAGAAGAAACAGGUGGUAACAGAGGAGCCCCAGCACAUAGUGUUCACCAUCCCCAUCUUUGAGCCGCUGCCCUCCCAGUACUACAUCAAGGCAGUGUCUGACCGCUGGCUCGGGGCCGAGGCCGUCUGCAUCAUUAACUUCCAGAACCUCAUCUUACCCGAGAGACACCCCCCACACACUGAGCUGCUGGACCUGCAGCCGUUACCGGUGACAGCUCUGGGUAACCGGGAGUACGAGAGCCUGUACAAGUUCACCCACUUCAACCCCAUCCAGACGCAGAUCUUCCACACGCUGUAUCACACCGACACUAACGUCCUGCUGGGGGCGCCAACGGGCUCUGGAAAAACCAUCGCAGCAGAGAUGGCCAUGUUCAGGGUCUUCAACAUGUACCCGACCUCUAAGGUGGUGUAUAUCGCCCCCCUGAAAGCCCUGGUCAGAGAGAGGAUUGAGGACUGGAAGGUCAGGAUGGAGGAGCAACUGGGGAAGAAAGUGGUGGAGCUGACGGGGGACGUGACUCCAGACAUGAGAGCUAUAGCUCAGGCUGACCUCAUCGUCACCACACCAGAGAAGUGGGAUGGAGUCAGCAGGAGCUGGCAGAACAGGAGCUACGUUCAGAAAGUAGCCAUUCUCAUCAUCGAUGAGAUCCACCUGCUGGGUGAGGAUAGAGGUCCGGUGUUGGAGGUCAUUGUGUCCAGGACCAACUUCAUCUCCUCUCACACUUCUAAGAGUGUCCGAGUAGUGGGCCUGUCCACAGCUCUGGCCAAUGCUCGAGACCUCGCUGACUGGCUGGGGAUCGGACAGGUGGGUUUGUUUAACUUCCGUCCGUCUGUCCGCCCUGUGCCACUGGAAGUUCACAUCCAUGGUUUCCCAGGACAACAUUACUGCCCCCGCAUGGCCACCAUGAACAAGCCUACCUUCCAAGCGAUACGCAGCCACUCCCCAGCCAAGCCGGUGCUGAUUUUUGUCUCAUCACGUCGGCAAACUCGACUGACUGCCCUGGACCUCAUUGCCUUCCUGGCCACAGAGGACAACCCCAAACAGUGGCUGCACCAGGACGAGAGAGAGAUAGAGGCUAUCAUCGCCACAGUAAGGGAUUCCAACCUGAAGCUAACGCUGGCUUUUGGGAUCGGCAUGCAUCACGCAGGCCUGCAUGAGAGAGACAGGAAGACUGUGGAGGAGCUGUUUGUCAACUGUAAGAUCCAGGUUCUGAUUGCCACCAGUACUCUCGCUUGGGGGGUGAACUUCCCUGCUCACCUGGUGGUCGUUAAGGGAACUGAAUACUAUGAUGGCAAAUCCAGGCGCUACGUGGACUACCCCAUCACAGAUGUUCUACAGAUGAUGGGGCGAGCAGGUCGGCCUCAGUUUGAUGACCAGGGCAAGGCGGUUAUCCUCGUUCAUGACAUCAAGAAGGAUUUCUACAAGAAGUUCCUCUAUGAGCCGUUCCCCGUUGAGUCCAGCCUCCUCAGUGUGCUGUCAGACCAUCUGAAUGCUGAGAUUGCUGCAGGAACCAUCUCAUCCAAACAGGAUGCCAUGGACUACAUCACCUGGACCUACUUCUUCAGAAGGCUGGUGAUGAACCCCAGUUAUUACAGCCUGGAAGACAUUAGCCAUGAGUCCAUUAACAAGUACCUGUCGAACCUUGUGGAGAGAAGCCUGCGAGACCUGGAAUGUUCUUACUGCAUAGAGCUAAAAGAGGAUGAUCGGACCAUUGAGCCUCUGACUUAUGGUCGCAUCGCCUCCUAUUACUACCUGAAGCAUCAGACCAUCGGCACCUUCAAGGAGCGACUGAGGGCUGAGCUGCCCAUCCAGGACCUGCUCUCCAUUCUGACGGAUGCAGAGGAGUAUGCCGAGCUGCCCGUCAGACACAACGAGGACCAGCUGAACAGCCAGCUGGCUCAGCAGCUCCCCCUGAAGGUCAACCCCCACUCUUACGACAGCGCCCACACCAAGACCCACCUGCUGCUGCAGGCCCACUUCAGCCACGCCCAGCUGCCAUGCAGCGACUACACCACCGAUACCAAGACAGUACUGGACAACACCAUCCGAAUCUGUCAGGCGAUGCUGGAUGUAGCUGCCAACGAAGGCUGGCUCGUUGCGGCCAUUGGUAUCUGCAACCUGGUGCAGAUGAUCAUCCAGGGCCGCUGGCUGCACGACUCCUCCUUACUGACGCUGCCACAUGUAGAACAGCAGCACCUCUAUCUGUUCAGGAAAUGGGCGAACAGGAAGGGGAGGAGCAAUGUGGGGGGCUUCAACGGGCCAAUCGAAGGACUUCCUGAGCUGAUCGCUGCCUGCGACGGAAAGGAAAGUGUUUUUGCUGCUAUCGUUGGCCAAGAGUUUCAAUCAAGUCAGAUUGCCCAGGCCUGGUCCUUCAUCAGUCACCUCCCAGUGCUGGAGGUUGAGAUGAGCAUGAAGGGCUGGUGGGAGGAGAGCCAGCAGCAGACGGAGCGUCGCCUCCCAGCGGCAGGAGUUAACCUGAAGGAGAGCAGCUGGCUGGAUGUCCACGCUGAUCAGGAGUACGUCCUGCAGGUGUCCCUGAGACGCAUCAACAUGGGCCAGCAGAGGAGGAAGCAGGACAGUAAGGCCCAGGCUCCCAGGUUCCCCAAGCUGAAGGAUGAAGGCUGGUUCCUGGUCAUGGGAGAGGUGGAUCGCAGGGAGCUGCUGGCUGUCAAACGUGUCGGAUACGUGCACCACCGCACAGCUGUGUCUGUGGCCUUCUACACACCAGAGAAGACUGGGAGGUGUAUCUACACACUGUACCUGAUGAGUGACAGCUAUCUGGGCCUGGACCAGCAGUACGACAUCCACCUGAACGUCACACCGGCCAGCAUCACUGCUCAGGUUAACACAGAGGUGUCCGACUCAGUGACUGAGCUGUCCCUCAGCUGAGGAACACCGUCAGAGAUCAACAGAUCAGUGGGAUAACUCUGUUGUGAGUGUCACUGAUGGACCCACUUUGUAUCAGCUUCCCUUAUCUACACCGGCUUCAGUUCUAACAUUCACCUCUUACUCUAAACUUCUGUAUUGUGACUGCAUUGCAUUCUGGUCAAUUGAACCUACUCUUAGUUCAGAAAAAAGAACAUGUGUGUCUCUUCUACUGUGGAUUUCUCUGAUUAUUUAAUAUCAGUGUGAAAUGGCGGUCUUGAAGAACUUCUUGUGAUUCGUUCAAAGAGAAAAGUCUUGCCCACAAAAAUGAAUAUUUGCCUUCAUCGUACUCGUUCAACGUUUCCACCCUGUGCAUUCAAAUCACAAACCUCUCUGUUUCCAUGAGACAGCUGGCUUCCACUGGGGGGUUUCUAACACCCUCCACUGUCAUCUGUCCUCACCAAGUAUAUCAAGAACUAGGGGGUUUUCUGAAAUAUCUGAAAUAUCCCAAGAAAACAAGAGAGGAAUAGACCCCCACAUCCAUGAACUAAACCACUGUGGCCUUAUGGGAAAAAAAGCACAGGUUGAUAUAGAUGAGACAGUGAGACGUCAUACUGGUCGGGUUGAGGCUGGGCUUCAGUGAACGGAGCCUGUAAUUCUUGUGACAUAUAUGAUAAUAUAAUAAUAAGAAUAAUGAUAAUAAUAAUAUACAAAAAGAUGGGUUUGGUGUGUUGAACUGAUUUAGAAUCAGAAGUUAGUUUCAGAAUCUUAAUUGAGACAUUGAUCCAAAGGUCAGACUCACAGCAUGCAGAUACUGUUCAAUGAGAACUGGUCCUUUAAUCUGCCCAUCAGAGCCGAUUCACUGCAGGUCAAACAGGCUUCUUCUCUCUACAGGGGCUUCACUCAGGAGCUCCAAACUGUCACAUCUCCUCCUCCUCAUCCUCCUCAUCCUCCUCAUCCUCCUCUUCCUCUCCUCCUCCUCCUCCUCCUCUCUUCCUCCUCUCCUCCUCCUCUCCUCCUCCUCCUCAUCCUCCUCAUCCUCAUCCUCCUCAUCCUCCUCAUCCUCCUCUCCUCCUCCUCCUCCUCCAGUUUUGAAUUGUGUAUCAGUGAGUUUGUCUACUGCUGAAUGUGGAUCAGCUUCUAAAUAAAAGCAUUGUUUCUCA